UAUUCCGUGACCUUGUGGUUUAAUUGUGGCCGCCAUUUUAUGAUUUAGCCCGUAUGACGCUAUUGACAAGUGACAGCGGGAUGAUUUGAUUAAUUUGUAAAGAAUUGCGUUUUCCUCCCAAAUGGGUAUUAAGUACGUGUCCUAGCAACUUUUAUAAGCAAUAAAUAGAGUAGCCGACGCUCAUACAGGACUGUAGCGAGAAUAACCUGGGUAGUCCUUUCAGAAAAAAAUGGCUGACGAUGUCCCGGUCGAUAAAGAACCCGAGACAAACACAUCAGAAGAAAACCAGAACAGCAAUGCUGGGGCCGAGACGGCGGACGCCGCCGCCCCCACAGCCGGUGUAGGGUCACCCUUACAGCCCCAGCCCCAAUCACCACAAGCACAAGAAGCUCCCGCUGGGGCUUCUGCACUUCCACAACCUGAACCGAAGAAGCUCAUCAAGGUUCACGUUAAGACCCCCAAAGAAAAAGAAUCAUUCCAGAUUAACGACGAUUUAAAUGUUAAAGAGUUUAAAGACCUGAUCGCCCCCAAAUUUAAUGCUGAGCCUGAACAGUUGUGCCUCAUCUUUGCGGGUAAAAUAAUGAAAGAUGCAGAUAAUCUGCAGACUCACAACAUAAAGGAUGGCUUAACUAUUCACUUAGUUAUCCGAGCAGCACCACAGAACCCAGAGGCUGCACAACGACCGCCAGCUGAUAUUGGAGCCACACCAUUUAAUUUGGGAAGCUUGGGUGGUUUAGUAGGAUUGGAGGGACUAGGUUUGGGUGCAUCUAGUUUCACUGAGAUCCAAAACAGAAUGCAAAGUGAACUGUUGACCAACCCAGAUAUGCUGAGGAACCUAUUGGACAAUCCUUUUGUACAAAGGUUAAUGAACGAUCCAGAUAACAUGAGGACCCUGCUAAACAGGAAUCCACAAAUGCAAGACUUGAUGGAAAGAAACCCAGAAAUCAGCCACAUGUUAAACAAUCCAGAAUUGCUUAGGCAGACCAUGGAGUUGGCAAGAAAUCCUUCAAUGUUGCAAGAGCUGAUGAGAAGCCAUGAUAGGGCUAUGAGCAACUUAGAAAGCAUUCCUGGAGGAUACAAUGCCUUGCAUAGGAUGUACAGGGAUAUUCAAGAGCCCAUGUUAUCAGCUGCCUCAGAACAGUUUCUGCAGAAUCCAUUUUCUGGAUUGAUGGAUAACACACAAGUAAACAAUCCACAGCAGGGCUCAGAAAACAGAGAUCCACUACCAAACCCGUGGAGUAGGGGAGCAGGUGGAAGCGCACCGCCAGCGACUAGCCCAGGGCCAAAUGUAAUCAACAAUCCCCCGAUGGCAAGUUUGUUACAGCAGAUGGCUGAGAACCCAUCCUACGUUCAAAGUAUGUUCGACGCCCCUUAUACUAGAUCAGUUUUGGAGGCACUUGCAGCUGACCCACAAAUGGCCAGCAAUCUUCUAUCUGAAAGUCCCUUUUUCGUAGGCAACCCACAGCUCCAGGAGCAGAUGAGAGGCAUGAUGCCCCAACUAUUACAGCAACUGCAGAACCCAGAGAUUCAAAACCUUAUGGGCAAUCCACAGGCUCUUAAUGCCAUCAUGCAGAUUCAACGAGGAAUGGAAACCUUAAGACAGACAGCGCCGUCGUUUAUCAACACAUUUGCAGUACCAUCUAACGCGACGCCCACUACUGGAGCUGCUGCUAAUGCCACCACUACCUCUCCAGCGGCAAAUACUACUGCAUCUGCAGCCCCUGAAGGUGCAACGGGUCCUGCUUCUGCACCCCUUGCUGGGGCAGCCGGAUCUGCUGGAGAUCCGUUCUCUGAAUUUAUGGCCAGGAUGGUGGCUGGGAUGAGCAGCAGGACUGAUCAAUCUUUGCCCCCAGAGCAAAGAUACCAGCAGCAACUGGAACAGCUCACCGCAAUGGGCUUCUUGAAUCGCGAAGCGAAUCUACAAGCCCUCAUCUCCACUUUCGGAGACAUAAAUGCGGCUGUGGAGAAGCUGUUGGCCCUUGGCCAACUUUCCAUGAGUUAACCUUAUUUUUAACGAGUUAUUUUUGCAUCAUGUAUGCUUUUGAGAUUUGACGAUCACUUGGUCUCAUUUCUCCUAUUUAAGACGUUAGCAACUUGUUGUUUUUUUUGUAUAAGUUCUCCCACCAGUGUUUGUUGAGUAACGAGACCAAGUUUCGUUCAACCAAUAAAAAAAAGUUUAUUAUUA